AUGGAUGCACCCUGGGUCCAUCACCGCUCGGCCUAUUCUUCAGCUGACCGCUCAUAUCCGAAUUCUGCUACUUCUGCUCCUGCUACUACUAGCAGUUCUGUCGCUGGAGAAGCGCCGUCUCCCACCGACCGGAUCCCCUCCACGACUGCUCCUCCGUCUUCGCCCGCCCUCGUGCCGAUGGAGGUCCCGUCGCUGCUCUCGACGCCGUCACAGUCGUCAUCCAACUCGCAGCCGUCGCAGCUCUCGCAACAGUCGUCCCUGGAUCUGGGCUCGCCGUCGCCGCGACCUGCUGUGUACGACGGCGAUGGCCCCGAUCCACAGAGCUUGUCCGACUACUGCGCCGAUAUCAAGGUUUUGAUGGACAUAGACGCGCAAGUGCAAGCUCUGGGCAUCCACGACUCUCCCUCGCCAACCGCCAGCCGUGACGGCAACAGCAACUUCGAUUCCAGAGAGAACGCUUCUUCUUACUCCCUCGAGCCUCACCGCCACGGCCAGAUGGGCGCAUUCCGCCACUCCCCGCGCUUCGAUCAGGCAUCGCGCCCCAUCGUCUCGGACAACUGGCGCGCAAAGUCGGCUGCAGACUCGGCCGGGCCGCUGGUGAGCUCGCUGGUGACGACGGCGAAGCCGAGCACUCCCACAACGCAAAGCCAGGCCCAAGCCCAGCCGCGCACUUCCUUCGUCUACACGCCCGCACGCACCCCCCUGACGGCGCCAUCCAACACCGGCACCGCAGGCUUCGCCCAGCCGAACCCCAAUCCCCUGCCAACGCCAGCGUCGCUGUCGACGCCUGUCUCCAUGUCAGCUCCCAGCCACAGCCAGAACCACGGCCAUGGUUAUGGCCAUCACUCCUCCACGGGCAGUCUCGCGCUCUCCGCGCCCGCCUACUCCCCGGUGUCCGCAAGAAGCGGAAACCCGGACCCGCCCUCCGGCAGCCAGAUGACGGGCAGUCUCUUGAGCGCCAACCACGCCAACACUGACGCAAACACGAGCUUGAUUACGAAGCCGAACACGACCAGCACGGUGGCGACCUUCCCCGUGGCGCUGCCCGCCGACGCGCUCGGCUACUGCUUCGUGCGCCCCAACGGCAUGCGCACGCGCCUGGUGCCCGUCGACAUGCUGCCGUUUGCGCUGCAGGGCAUCCCGCCGCACGAGAGUCCCGGCGAGCGCCUGGUUGCCCUGCCCGUGCCGGGGGGCGUGGGCGCCGAUGGGCGGUCGAGCAACACGCAGAUGUUGCGGGCGGUCAAUCAACCCAAUGGCAGCGGUGGUGACGCGAUCCAGUCCCAGGGUCAGCCGCACCACACCGGCGCGCCCAAGCGCAUGAAGGUCUACUGCGACAAGUGGGUGCACGAGGGCGUGUGCGCCUUCACGCAGCAGGGGUGCAAGUACAAGCACGAGAUGCCGUCCGACCGCGCGACCCAGCACCAGCUCGGCCUGUUCCUCGGCUACCCGGCCUGGUGGAAGAGGCGGCAGGCCGAGCUGGCCAGGGUCGUUCCUGUCGUUGGCGCCAGCGCCGCUGCGGCGGCGGCAACAACAACAACAAACAGGGAGGGGGGGGAUGUCGCUGCUUCUUCUUCUUCGCCUGCUUCUUCUUCUGGUGCGGUCGCGGCGACGUCGGUGACGGCGACGGCGACGUCAACGUCAACAUCGACGGCUGGCGGGCGGAGGAGGGUUGGGGAUGAAACUGGUGCCGUGCGUGGGAUUGAUGGCGUUGCGGGGCGGAGGUUCGGGGUGGACGCGGUGAGGCCGAGACAGAUCAUUGGAUGUGGGGGCGUGAACGGGAUGGAUAUCAGCAUGGUAACAAGUGACAGUGAGAGAGAGGCGGGUGGUGCUGGGUUUGACCACUGGCUGCCGACACAGGGCCAGACCGGUGGGAGCCUCGGGCUGACUGGCUCGCGCUGGGGGCUGGCCAGCGGCAAUGGACCCGGGUUUUCCCCGACCACCGCCACUGCCCCUCAGACAGGCCGGGACAGGCUGCUGCGACCGACGUGGCGGUUCGGCGUCACACCUCAGAGCGGCGACGGCCAGACACUGCAGGGAUCUGACGGCCUGGGCGGGUACCGUCCUGCUGGUGCUGAGUUCGCGACGACGGGACUCUUCACGCGGGCCUGGCCGUGGGAGCAGCAGCAGUAUGCACUUCCCUCGUCCCAGACGCAGACGCAGACACAGCAUCGCCCGCAGGGGCAGUCCAACACCACCUACAGCUACGGUGCCGCAUCACCAUGCACAUUCGCAUUCCACCCCAUCACCACAACCACCAGCGCCCCGUCCUCCCCCUUCGGCCCCAUCGCGCCGCCGACGCCGCGCAGCGCCCGCCCGCAGCAGCCCGACAACCACACGACCACCACCGCCACGACACCCAGCACCCGCCGCAGCAGCCCGCUGCGAAACCGGCGCGCGUCGACAACAACAACCAGCCCGUACGCAGGCCCCAGCAGCCCUCUCCACGCCCCGGCCGGCGAGGCGGACAACGGCAACUGCAAGGACAAUGAUAGCGGUAACGACAACAGCGAGGCCGCCGGCGGCGACGAGGGACAGUCGCGGAAUAGCGGUUUGCUGCGCGGUCUCAAGUUUGAGUAG